UCCGCGGAACAUUCCUGGGCGGGCGCAAGGCGAUCGUGGUCCGGCCCUGAUAGGCGGGGCCGCGUUGAGUGACGGCCCGGCCCCACCUUCCGGUUAAGGAGUUGGAGAGGGCUGUUCGACAUGGAAGUGCCUCAGGCCGGCUUUGUUUCGCUGCUAGAAUGAAGCACAUCAACUUGUCCUUUGCAGCCUGUGGGUUUCUGGGCAUUUACCACUUGGGGGCAGCAUCUGCACUUCGCAGACACGGAAAAAAGCUCCUGAAGGAUGUCAAGGCCUUUGCGGGAGCUUCUGCAGGAUCCUUGGUUGCUUCCGUCCUGCUAACAGCGCCAGAAAAAAUAGAGGAAUGUAACGAGUUUACUUACAAGUUUGCUGAAGAAACUCGAAGGCAGUUGCUUGGGGCAGUAACGCCUGGCUAUGAUUUCAUGGCCCGAUUGAGGAGCGGGAUGGAGUCGAUUCUCCCUGCCAACGCGCACGAGCUGGCCCACAACCGCCUGCACAUCUCCAUCACCAACACCAAGACCAGAGAAAAUGACUUAGUCUCCAGCUUCUCCUCCCGGGAGGACCUCAUUAAGGUGCUUUUAGCGAGCAGCUUCGUGCCGGUGUAUGCAGGGCUGAAACCAGUGGAGUACAGAGGGCAGAAGUGGGUGGACGGUGGCUUCACCAACAGCCUGCCCAUCCUGCCUGUGGGCCGGACGGUGACCAUCUCCCCAUUCAGCGGACGACUGGACAUCUCCCCGCAGGACGAGGAGCAGCUGGGUCUCUACGUUAACGUCACCAAUCAGAACAUCCUGGAACAGCUUACCCUUCGGUCCCCCAACAGCAGCAGACAUUGCAUGUGUCUUGACCCCACAGUGAGACGGAAGGGAGAGGGCCCAGAGCACGCCUACUGGGCACUUGGUGGAGUCCAGGGAAAACAAGCAUCUACCCCAACUAGACCCAGGAGAACGCACCACUGUGAGGUCCACAGAGAUCUGCCAGACCCCUGCUCCAAGGCCCCUCCGGCGCCCAGGUGCUGCCCUUCACAGGUGCCACUGGGAUGUUUGCUUCUGGCCCCAGACUUCAGCACUCUGGUCCCCCCACGCCCUGUGUACCGGCUUCAGUGACUGGAGCGCCCUGGCCGCCUGCCCCGCAGCUGCUCUCGUCACUCCACGUCCUCUCGGAGCCCGGAGCCGGCUCACCAUCGAUUUCCUCCUGCAAGUGAGAACACGUCACUUCACUCCCGAGCACAUCCCACCGAAAAGCAAGCAGAGCCCAACAAGCACUUUAAAUAUGUGCACUGCUGUUUCCUUUUCAACCGACAAUCUGUCUUGAUUCUGUAGCGUUUUCCCCAGUUUAUAAAUUGCCAAGCAAUCAGAAUAUCUCAUAGGCUUCUCACGUAUUUCUCUUGCACACAGUGGUUACUUGUUGAAUUUUUAAUCCAGUUAGGAGAGAGACGACCGGACAAAAAAAGUGAAAAGUUUCUAUUUUUUGUAACAUGCACUACUUCAAGGUCAAGAAAAUUCCGUAUAAUACAAAGCUUAAUAACUCACGUAGGUUGAAACACAUAAUCGAUGAAAUCACAUCAUCUUUUACCCACUCAAAUAAAGCAUGAGCGGAUUUAUUUUGAUGAUAUUUCUAUUCAUUGAUCCAACAACUAUUUUUUAAAGCUGAUAAGCUCUGAGUACGCUAAGCAGGUUGGACUGGGUCCCUGUUCUCAGGGAACUUCUAUUUUCUGGGAAGUGAGUUUAGGAAGAUUUCCAAGGAUUUAGAAACAAAAAGAGAAAGAAAAGAAAAUGAAAAGAAAUCUCCCCAAGAGCAGAAUUAUAAGAAACAGUGUCAUCUCUCCAACACCACACUGACAGAAGACACUGUCACUGCUUUGGAAUUCUGAUAGUGUCCUCUUUUUUUAUUUUGCGGGGGGAGGUAAUUAGGUUUAUUUAUUUAUUUUUAGAGGAGGGGCUGGGGAUUGAACCCAGGAUCUCGUGCACGCUAAGCACGCGCUCUACCACUGAGCUGUACCCUCCCCCCCAAUAGUGUCUUUAAAUUAAAAAUUACAUUUUUUCCCCUCAAAAGGAGCAUAUCUUUAAGAUUUUUUUUCUUCCUUACCUUAUAUAAUGAUCCACUGUCCUUCCAAGAAAUGCCUCCUUGAGGAAGGGGUGUGACUGUCAAAACCUCACAGUAGUGACCACCCUCAUCGUGAGACUGACCAACGCCAAAGCACUCGCUUCCAGGAAUGCUUCUGUGACUCUGCACGUGUGACUUCUGAAAGCGGGAGAAAGUCUUGGAAGGUUCCAGGCGCCCUGCUGCGUCGGCAUCUUGAACCUAGUAUAACUGGACUCUCCGUGAGCCGCAGGCGCGUUUGUCUCGUCCGAUGAGCACAUUAGCAGCGCAGGCACAGCAAGAGAUGCGUUGCUUUCAUUUUUGACGGUACUGCCACACACAAGUUCUGCAGUCACUGCUCGCUGCGAAAUAGAGGUAAAUAUACUGAAUCUCCAGGACAGCGCCUGCAGCUGAACUGUAUUCAGUUUUAUUAAAAUGACAGUAAAAUUGUGAUGUUUACCCAGCGCUCCUGACAGCACUUCUGUCACUCAGAGGGUCUCCUGCAAGGCCCCCCCGGCCCCCGGCACUUCUCUGCCCUCCGCCCCUCUCCCCAGGCUCACAGUCACCACCACCUGCCUCAGGCUCCACAUUCACUUCAUCUCUGUCUUCCAAAGCUGCCUCUCCUCUUUUGAUUUUUUUUUUCUUCUUUUAAUGGACAAGAGUCUGAAACUAGUGCUAUGUCUCAAAAAAGCAACUAAUUACAGAACUGCAUAUUUGUGACGUUUUAUGUUUCCCUGUCUCCUUUUUAUAUCUUUAAUUACAUUUAAGAGUUUCAGGAAUCCAUUACGUACCGUAAUCAAACAUCAUCUUGCCUGGUGCGUUUACUCCUCUUUUAAAUCUGGAUUUCUCAAAUGACUGCUAUUUUUAUCUGUUUAACUCUGUCCUCUAUAGCUCUCCUGGACAAACAGAUAGGGUUCAGUGGUUUGUCUGCAAACCCCUGCAAACCGUCCAGUGACGUGAGUUGCCUAGUUAACCAUAUUUAUUCUCUGACAGAAAAUAAAAGAAAAGACAGAAGCAAGAGCCUGGACUUUACAGACAGACAAACUCAAAUUCUAAUCCUCUCUUAGCUUCUGCUUCACUCUAAGCCAUCUCCUGAACAAAAAUGUAUUCAUCUUGAGAGGGAGGGUCUAACUCAGCGGUAGAGCGCAUGCCUAGCAUGCACAAGGUCCUGGGUUCAAUCCCCAGCAUCUCCAUCCAAUAAACAGAUGAAUAAACCUAAUUACCCCUCCUCCUAAAAAGAUUAAUUAAAACAAUAAAUUUUUUUUUAACAAUUUAAAAAAAAAAAAACCCCAAACCUAAAUGCAUUCAUCUAUCAGAUGAACAUAGGACUUACUCUGAAGCUGUUAUGAGAAUGAAAAACAUGAGAGAAGUUGGCAGCGCAACAAACUGGUUCCCUGUCCUGUAAAACAAUGUUUGCAGGUUCUUCUUCAAAGCAGGGACACCAACCCAGGCCGACAUGGCUUCCUUUUUUCCUGUCAUCCUAAAAUAUGGAUCAGUGCCUCUGUAGAUUUUUCAAUUAAAAAUGCCAUUAGGACCCUUGGGGACCAAAAUGCCAAUCAACUGUUUCUCUACAGCACACAGACCUCACUCCUGAAGUCACCUUCACAUAAGGACAGAAGAACUGAACUGAAAAAUAGGUUUCAAAUUCCUCUAAGUAUAAGAUGAUUUGUAACAGAAGGCGGUGUUGAGUUUGCAGAACUCUGACGUCUUUGUUUUUUAAAAGAUGUAUGCCUAGACAAGAGGUAGGAGGGCCUGUCACAGAGAGGCUCGCUACAAACUUACACAAGAAGGAAACAUCUUCAUCUGUUACUUCAGGAGGGAAACAGAACUGUCUGUGAACUAGUUAAACUCACUCCAUAGAAACGUAAGGAACAUUUCAAGGAGAAAAGGGAGGGUCAUCUCUUCUUAGGUGAAAACCUUAUUGCUAAGUCAGAGAAACAAAAAAGCACAUUUUCCCUCUUAAAAAUUUCUUACGCUUCACCAGUGGAGAUUCCACAGUCUCUGUGAAUCUCCUUCCAUGACAUCUCGGUGGGUGCGAGCAAGGAAUAUGGAGGAAGAUGUCCCUGGAUACCUCCAUGACUUUGGCUUUGCUGUGGCCUCGGGCAGGUGUACGGACCUGCGUUAUAUCCGACACCAGGUGCUGAAACAGAGGCAAAACCAGGGCUCACGUGUGCUCAAGAGAAGACGGUUUACAAGCUCAGCAUCAUUGCUACCAAUCACGUCUUUUCCUAUAAUGGGAUGGAAUGAAUCAAUAGAGUUGUUGUCAUUUGUCAAGAUUUCAGAUCUAAAUAAUGAUAUUCCAUAACAUUGUCAAGACAGUAUGGUAACAGGAAAUAAAUGUGGAGCUUUACAAUAUUUUAAAAUUAUGUAAAUAGUUUUGACAGGAACUAAUGUUUUGAAACAAGAAGCCUGGAGAUACACAAGCACACCAAGAACAGGGGGCUUUACCAAGCCCUCCAUAAAAUAAUGAAAGUAUUGAUUAAAUGAGAGAAUUCAAUGAUGCCUAAAGGAAGUCAUUAUCAGGGAGUGUCUCUGCUAAAUUCAGACAUGUGCUUCAUUUCAUUACUACUACAAACUAAAGGAAAAUAAUAAAAUAGGAAGCAACAUAAUUAAGCUCUUACUGUAUUUCCAUCUAACCCUGGCAUGGAUAUGCGACAACAAACGAUGAGCAAAACUCAAACGAUCCUACCUUUUAAAAAAUGGACACUCCGAGUUCAGCAUGAUGAGCUGGAAAGCCAAGUCCCAGGAGAGCUGCGUGCACAGCGGGUGACCCCUUCCCAUCACCGGACCAUCUUCACCAUCACUCUGUUGCUGUGAGGACAGACGUUUACCAACACAGAAGGUCUACUGGCUGUUAGGCAAAGUAUUUAAAUUGUAAGCAAGUGAAUUUACAGAAGCAACCAUCUGACUCCGUUUAUUUCACAAAUUUGAAACAGAAGUCUAUAAAGUUUAUGUGAUUGAUGUUUAAGGGAUAAAAUUUAGAAUUUACUCCUAAAAUCUCAUGAAUCUGUUUCAAAACUGCUUUUGUCCAUGUGUAUGUAAUUUUGACCUUUAUUUCCAAUAAAAUGGUUGUGAAACGGAA